AUGCAUCAUCAAAGUCCUCCACAUCUCUCUGCCAUGGACAUUUUCUUCCCCGGCUUCACUGGCCUCACCACAAUACUCCAACAGCUUCUCAAUGGAAGAUUGGAUGGUUACGCCAGUUUGUUGUGUAUCUGCGGGAUGUUGAUGAUUUGUGGCAAGUUCUUGGGCAAGACGGUAGGAGGAUUCGUCGACACUUACUUCACUACAAAGACCAAUGUUCGCGAUCCCGACGAGGCAUACGACAUGCUGGAUGCAUGGAUUUCCAGCCAAGCCUUUGCCAAAGAUGCCAGCUCUUCGCUUGUUAGUGUUCAAAGCAGGCAAGGAAGAACUUUAGCCCACUUCAGCCCUGAAAAUACAGCUAAGAAGCAUCUUCGGUUUACGCCUUGGGGGGAACCGCUGUGUUUCUGGUAUCGAGGGCACCGCCUGACGUUACGAUGCACGCAAGACAAAGCAGCAUUCUUCUCGCGCAACACGAUGACAAUUUCUUGCGUGGGGCGCUCUUCACGGAUUCUGCGGGACCUUAUGGAAGAAUGUCGCAUAGAGUAUCUGAAGCAUUCUGAAAACAAAACUUCAAUUUUCGAAAACCACAACAACGGCUGGAAACGAACCAUUACCCGGGACCUUAGGCCGAUCGAGACAGUUAUUAUGAACGAACAAAUCAAGCAGACUCUUCUGAAGGAUCUACGCUCAUUCCUAGACCCCAAAGCUCAGUCCUGGUACGCGAGACGUGGACUGCCGUAUCGGAGGGGCUACCUGCUCUUCGGCCGUCCUGGAACCGGAAAAACCAGUCUGAGCAUGUCCGUCGCCGGAUUUUUUGGACUGGAUAUCUACGUCCUCAGCCUUGCUAUCAUGAACGAUGAACAGCUCGGUGUCUUGUUCAAGGAGUUGCCUCAACGCUGUGUUGUCCUACUCGAAGAUGUUGACGCCGUAGGUACAGCCCAGUCUCGUGUGUCUGAAGUUGAUGACUUCGAGUCCCAAUCAGAAGAUUCACGGAGGUCGCGGAAGCCGCACGGGGCUGUUUCGUUGUCUGGGCUCCUCAAUGUUCUUGACGGCGUCGCAUCACAAGAGGGACGCGUCCUCAUCAUGACGACAAACCACAUAGAACAUCUCGAUGAAGCUUUGAUUCGAUCCGGGCGAGUUGACAAGAAGAUCGAAUUUCAGCUUGCAGAUGCUGGCGUGGUUAGGGAAAUAUUCAAUACGGUGUUUCAUCAUUCAGAGGAAGAGACGCCGAACUUGAAGGAUCGAGAAGCCAGCAACGAAGAAGCCCGGCGACUAGCAGUUCAAUUUACAGCCAAAGUACCGGAGCUAGAGUUCAACCCCGCUGACAUUUUCUCUUUCCUCCUCGCCAACAGAGACUCACCAUCAGACGCUUUGGCCGAGGUGGAGGGAUGGGUGUUGCGUACUAGAAAGGAAAGAGCGAUGAGCCGGGGAAACUCAUGGGUUCAGAGUGACUAA